AUCACGAUGCACACAGACACGCAAAUGUACCGAAAUGGAACCCGGACGUGUUCCAGUUUCAUAAACCGGAUUUCAUAAUCGCCGAUACGUCCGGGACUUUUUUUUUUUUUUUUUUGUGUAAUUGGAGAUGGGGUUCGUCUUUCUUUCUUUUCCUUCGGUCAAAAUUAACAAAAUAAAAAAAAAAACGUUUUAGCAACGAAACCACCACCACACCAAACAAAAAAAGAAGAGAGAAAAGAAGAGAAAGUCGGCGUUUUAGAAAGAAACUCUGCAAACCCUAAAACGAUUCCUCUCUUCGAUUCUUUCAUUUUGCCGUUAUCGAUCGCUGUCUCGAGACAGUGCGUGGACUGGUUUGUUUGGUUAAUUGAGUAAUCGAUGAUUUAAAGUAUUGAUUUAGGCACUGAAUUUAAAAGCUUCAAGUUCUUGGAGAGUCAAAUUAUGGAUUUGGUGACUAGUUGCAAGGACAAAUUGGCCUAUUUCCGUAUCAAGGAGCUCAAAGAUGUACUUACACAGCUGGGUCUUUCAAAGCAGGGGAAGAAGCAGGACCUUGUUGACAGAAUAUUAGCUGUUCUCACAGAUGAACAAGUACCAAAGACAUCAGCAAAGAAGAGUGUUGUUGGAAAGGAAGAGGUGGCAAAACUAGUUGAUGACAUUUACAGGAAAAUGCAGGUUUCUGGGGCCACUGAUCUGGCAUCUAAGGGGGAAGGUGUUUUGGAGAGCAGUAAGCCGGUCAUUAAAGGAGAAAUUGAUGAUUCCUUUCACUUCGAUACAAAAGUUCGCUGCCCAUGUGGAAGCUCAUUGGAGACAGAAUCGAUGAUUAAGUGUGAGGAUCCUAGAUGUCGGGUGUGGCAGCAUAUAGGUUGUGUUAUAAUUCCUGAAAAACCCAUGGAGGCUAUUCCACAAGUUCCUGACUUGUUUUAUUGUGAGAUCUGUCGGCUCUGCCGGGCUGACCCUUUCUGGGUUUCUGUUGCACAUCCUCUUUAUCCUGUGAAGUUGACUACUAAUAUUCAAGCUGAUGGCUCAACCCCAGUGCAAAGCGCGGAGAAAACAUUUCAUCUUACUAGGGCAGACAAGGACUUAUUGGCCAAACAAGAAUAUGAUGUUCAGGCUUGGUGUAUGCUUCUGAAUGAUAAGGUUCCAUUUAGGAUGCAAUGGCCACAAUAUGCAGAUUUACAGGUCAAUGGUGUUCCUGUUCGUGCCAUCAAUAGGCCUGGUUCACAAUUAUUGGGGAUUAAUGGCCGUGACGACGGUCCAAUUAUUACACCAUGUACAAAAGAUGGGAUUAAUAAGAUAUCAUUAAAUGGAUGUGAUGCCCGUAUCUUCUGUUUAGGAGUUCGAAUUGUAAAGCGACGAACUGUUCAACAGAUACUCAACAUGAUACCCAAGGAGUCUGAUGGUGAACGCUUUGAAGAUGCACUGGCUCGGGUAUGUCGUUGUGUUGGUGGUGGAGCAGCAGACAAUGCUGACAGUGACAGUGACUUGGAAGUAGUUGCAGAUUCUUUUGCUGUUAAUCUUCGUUGUCCUAUGAGUGGUUCGAGAAUGAAGGUUGCUGGAAGAUUCAAACCUUGUGCUCAUAUGGGGUGUUUCGAUCUUGAAGUUUUUCUGGAGAUGAACCAGCGUUCUAGGAAGUGGCAGUGCCCUGUUUGUCUCAAGAACUACUCGUUGGAAAAUGUAAUAAUUGAUCCAUAUUUUAAUCGUGUUACAUCUAAGGUGCAGAUGCAGCAUUGUGGUGAAGAUAUAACUGAAAUAGAGGUGAAGCCUGAUGGUUCUUGGCGUGCAAAAACUAAAAGUGAAGCUGAACGUAGGGAUGUUGGUGAACUUGCACAGUGGCACAACCCUGAUGGUUCUCUGUGUGUACCUAUCAGUGGUGAACAUAAAUCUAAAGUGGAAAUGGAAAAGCAGAUCAAACAGGAAGGUAAUUCAGAAGGUUAUAAUGGUACUGGUUUAAAACUUGGAAUCAGGAAGAACCGCAAUGGCUUUUGGGAAGUUAGCAAACCUGAGGAUGUGAACACCUCCUCUUCUGGUAAUAGAUUGCCGGAAAGAUUUGAAAUCAUCGAGCAGAAAGUUAUCCCUAUGAGCAGUAGUGCCACUGGCAGUGGUCGCGAUGGUGAAGAUCCUAGUGUAAACCAGGAUGGUGGUGGGAAUUUUGACUUCACAAACAAUGGGAUAGAACUUGAUUCUUUGCCUCUGAAUGUAGAUUCAACAUAUGGAUUUCCUGAUCGGAACUUUUCUGCACCAGUAGAGGAUCCAGAAGUUAUUGUUCUUAGCGAUUCAGAUGAUGAUAAUGAUAUAUUGAUGACAACUGGAACUGUUUACAAGAAUAGUCAAACUGAUGAUGGAGGGGCUGGUUUUUCAAUGCCCCCUAAUGGAAUUUCAAAUCCCUAUCCUGAAGAUCCUACAGUUGGAAAUGGUUUGGGCUUUCUCAAUCCUAAUGACGAUGAAUUCGGGAUACCCCUGUGGCCGUUGCCACCUGGAAGCCAAGCUGGCCCUGGGUUCCAGUUAUUUAACUCAGAUGUUCCAGAUGCCUUAGUAGAUAUACAGCAUGGUCCUAUCAGCUGUCCCAUGACAAUUAAUGGUUAUACAUUAGCUCCAGAGACUGUCAUGGGACCUUCUAGUUUAGUUGCAGAUUCUUCUGUUGGUAGGUCUGAUACUGAUACAAAUGAUGGCUUGGUCAAUAACCCCUUAGCGUUUGGUGGUGAAGAUCCCUCUCUUCAAAUCUUUCUUCCAACUAGACCUUCAGAUGCAUCUGGGCAGUCUGAUCUUAGGGAUCAGGCUGAUGUGUCGAAUGGUGUCCGUACAGAGGAUUGGAUAUCUCUUAGACUUGGUGGUGGUGGUGCCACUGGCAGUCAUGGUGAUUCUGUUUCUGCAAAUGGAGUGAAUUCAAGACAGCAGAUGCCUCCGAGAGAUGGUGCCAUGGACUCUCUGGCUGACACCGCUUCUCUGCUUCUUGGUAUGAAUGAUGGUAGAUCUGAGAAGGCAAGUCGGCAAAGAUCUGAUAGCCCUUUCCAAUUUCCUCGUCAAAAACGUUCUAUAAGACCACGGUUGUAUCUCUCGAUUGACUCGGACUCGGAGUAGAGAAGUGGAGCCUUGUUUUCAAAGAUAACUGUUGCUUUUCUUAUGAAAUUCUUUUUGGGAGACAUUUCCCCAAUGAGGGUAUGAUGAAGAAAAUCAUCAUUUUGUCUCUAGGACAAUGAAGUCUCUGAUGAGGCACAAGGCAUUUACAGUGGGAAAAUGCCAUCAGGAAAUAAUCAUCUUGAAGUAGUGUUGGCACAUGAAGAUUCCGCCAUUGGUGAGCUGUAGGCCUCGUAAUCUCCCUUCUCAAUUUUGUGCGGAAUAACCUUUGUUUCUGAUGUUCUUUGUUCUAUCAGGGUUAUUACAAGCACUCUCAAUUUUCAGCAAAGAUCAUGAUGUCCAGUGCUGGUAAAUUGUAUAGUAGAUAGGCAUUUGAAUCUGAAAAUUGGAUUAAUCCAUAGAUUUGGCUCAAAUCGUCGGAUGUAGUGGGGAAGCCCCGAGUUAGUAACACAAGUAUCCAUCUUUUUGGUCUCUGUUUAAUGAUGAGAGCAAAUAGCUUGUAAAUGUCCCUCAGAUUCAGUUAUAUUUAUAGAAAGAAUAAGAAAAUCUUAAUUGUGCGACUCUGCAACUUAGUAGUGUACUUUGGUCCUGUUCAAUUACCAGGGCUCAAAUGUUGUAUAUAUAAUGUUUGUUCUAGAAGCCAUUGGCAUGCAGGUGGCAGGGCACUUGCUGCUAGGUGAUCCUGUGUCACCAUGAAAUCCAGUUAGAAAGAUGACAUACAGCACUUUGACGAGCUCUAAAUUUGCUUCUAUUGCUUGCUGUCCGGGAUGAUCGGUAUGACCCUCAACUCCUCGUUCCUCCCGUGUUUCCCCUUUGUUUCCUUCUCGGUCUUAACUCUUGUGGGCGUAAUUGCAGUUUAGCAAACCAGUGCUUGAUUGAAUCAGGCAUGAACUGGGUGGAUAGUCAUGUAUACACAUAUUCUGGAUGGAAUCUUAAGAUGUUUAACCACUCUACUUAUUACGAUGUUGAUAUUUUACAGGAUUUAGGUGAAUUAUUUAUAGUUUUGGAUUGUAAA